GUUGACAAUCGAGAUAUCAGAAAUGUCGAAUGACGCAUACAGCUGCAGGCAAAGGAAGCAACACAUUCAUCCCCGGACACUCGAAAGGACGCUCCAAGUCCAAGGAGGCAACAUCUCCUGAUCCCCCGAAGUUGCUGCUUGAUCGCCAUGGCGCUUAGCAGCGGCAUCCUCGCCUUGUCAAUCAUUGGAGUGCUGGUCGCUGGUAUAGUGACAGUGGUCGCCACGAUCGCCAUCUACCUAUGCGCCAAGGUCGCCGUGCAGAUGUAUCUGCAGAAGGAAGACAAGCAGGACGGCCACCGGGACGCGUGGCUCGGCAACGGAGCAGCCGCCGGUAGCACGCCGAGAGCCACGGAUGACGCAGAGGACGUCGAGAUGGGGAGCAUGAGCUUCUUCAUCGAGGGUGUCCAGAACGAGCGGCCCGUCCGCUUCAGCUCGCAGCAGCUGCGGGGCUUCACCCAGGGCUUCGCGCACAAGCUAGGCUCCGGCGGCUUCGGCGUGGUGUACAGGGGCAGGUUUCCCAACGGCACGCCCGUGGCCGUGAAGGUGCUCAACAGCACGCUCGGGAGGCGCGCGGAGGAGCAGUUCAUGGCGGAGGCGCUCGUGUACGAGUACAUGGAGAACGGCUCGCUUGACCGGCACCUGUUCGGCACGCCGGCGCCGGAGGGCCGCGCCAUCGGCUUCGAGAAGCUCCAAGAGAUCGCCGUCGGCACGGCCAAGGCGGUGCGGUACCUGCACGAGGAGUGCCAGCACAGGAUCAUCCACUACGACAUCAAGCCGGAGAACGUGCUGCUCGGGGCCGACAUGGCGCCCAAGGUGUCCGACUUCGGGCUCGCCAAGCUGUGCGACAGGGAGGACACCCACCUGACCAUCACGGGCGCGCGGGGCACGCCCGGGUACGCGGCGCCGGAGCUAUGGAUGCCGCUGCCGGUCACGCACAAGUGCGACGUGUACAGCUACGGGAUGCUGCUGUUUGAGAUGCUGGGUCGGCGGCGGAACCUGGAGCUCGGGCUGCACAGCCGCGAGAGCCAGGAGUGGUACCCGCGGUGGGUGUGGCACCGGUUCGAGGCCGGCGAGAUGGACGCCGUGCUGGCACGCGCGAUGGCCGCGGGGGACCUGGACGCCACGGAGAAGGCGGCGAGGAUGUGCAAGGUGGCGCUGUGGUGCGUGCAGUACCGGCCGGAGGAGAGGCCGUCCAUGGGCAAUGUGGUGCGGAUGCUGGAGGGGGAGGAGCAGAUCGCCGCGCCGGGCAACCCGUUCGCGCACCUCGCGGCAUACAGCGCCGGAGUGACGUUGUCCGAUGACACCACAACGGAUUCCUACGGUUCUUCAGCUUUCACCGGCAAGUAGCUUCGUUACGUUUAUUUAUGUAUACAACCAAUUGUGUUGAAAUAUACUCCCUCCGUUCCUAAAUAUAAGGUGUAUUAGUUUUUCAAAAAGUCAACUGUUGUCUAUGUUUG